AUGGAUGGCUUAAUCACAGUGGUCGAUAAUGUUAAUUUAUUGCUUUCUAUAUAUUUUACUGCUGACAACAGGUGAAUAUACUUAAAUUUUACUUUAAUUUAUAGUGCCCCACGAUGUAAAUCUUUUGUAUUAACUUAAGUCUUAUGCAACUAAAUUUAUAAACAUAACAGUUAUUACGAUACAUUCUGUUUAACAAGAUAAACUUUAAGUAGAAAUGUAAGGAAUUUCUCAAAGAACGGCAGUUCAGUAGUCAAUUGACGCGGGUAACUUAUAUGAAGAUCGUCUAGUGCAAAUGAUCAUGCAGGCAUAAAUAUGAUAUUUUAUAUAACAUUAAUAUCUAUCGUCACAAACCUAUGUCAAUUUUCAUUGAAUCUUGCACGCACUUAAAGGACGACUGUCGUCUGAUCGCGAAUCUAUAUUUAAAUAGGCAAUUCCAGCUUUUAGUUUAUGCGUGCAGGGGAUGAUGGGAAGUAAGGUAACAUAUUGCCGAUUAUGCUGAAAAAUGUCAAUAAAAACUGCCGAAACAACCGAAAUAUUUCAAUAUUUACAAGUAUAAGCUAUCACUCCGUGUUUACACGGACACCAUUUUUAUUUUUUAGCAUAAUCAGCAAUAUGAUACGGUUGAUACCUUUCUUCCCACCAUUCCCUGCACGCACAAACUAAAAGCUGGAAUCGCCAAUUGCAGGACAUGUAGCUAUAGUGAUCAGUCAACCCAUUCCUAAUCUGAGCCUCAUGCUAAUACUAGUGGGCUAAUGAUUUAAUUUUAAUCAAUCUCACUCUUGUCUAAUGUUCCGUUUUAACUGUCGAAACAGCGUUACCUCAAAGGAGCCAUGUGAUAUGGCCAAAACACUUAUCAAGAUCUCAUAAAUGGUUGAAGAACUUGCACAAUAUCGAGGUAUAUAACAAAGUUACGAGUCCGAAAAGAGUAAAAAAGACGACUGGUUCAGUUGAUGGGUCUGGUAGAAAUAACAAGUUGGAGGUGAACAAAAAAGAUGAAAGUUAUAAAAAUGAAACAAUUGAAUAUACAAGAAAUGGCAGCAUAAACACACCAGUAACAUUUUUACGCGAAUGCUUAUGUGCACAUAAUUAUAAGCGACGUCUUCACGAUGUACCGAGAUUGCGGUGGUCUGCCGAAUUAGCAAAAGAGGCUCAAAAUCGAGCAGACGAGCUGGCAUCGAUGAAUAUCUCUACUGUGUCAGAAACAGUGAAUAAGGACGAAAAUAUAUACGUUGAUAGGAUUGUUGAUCUUUCAACAUCAUGUCCUCGUGCAGUGGAAUUCUGGUACGCGGAGAGCGAAAAACAUAACUAUAUACAAAAUGAUCUUUCUAACGACACAGGUUUGUCCAAUGAAAUUAUAUCAUUUAAGUCUUUUAAAGCAAGCUUGCGACGCAGACUCUAUGAAUUGGUAUUUUGAGUCCACGAUAAAAGCGAUCUUACGAAUAUAGCGACAACAAUAUGACAAUGGGCAAAACAAGCUCAUUUAAAUAAUUGCAUUGGCGGCGGAACCGUUUGGUCGGGGAGUAAACUCUAGACAGGAAAACACUCUCUCAGAAAACUUUGACUGAAUUUAGAAUUUCUGAAGGUCACCUAAUUGAUACCCUUUGCCGCACAUUUCUGGACCCCAUUCUUUGCUCUGUUAAGAAAAGCUGAUACAAAUCCUAUGGGAUCGUAUAGAUACGCGCUAUUUGAUUAAGAAUGCUUCUUUUGGUUAUCUUUACUGGUUGGAAUUUCAGGAUGUCAGGAACAACUUUGUAUUUCAACACAUAAUGACUGUUGUUCCAUGUGAUACCGAAUACUUUUAUCUUUUGGUAUUCCCUGAGGAAUGUUGAUUUCUUUCAUUUCUUGCGUUGCGUUGCUUAGAUCUUCUUUGAAUCGCCAUUCAUUUACCUUGAAACCGUCGUUUGCAACGAGGUUUGCAAGUAUAUCGUCGAUUGCGCUUAUAUCGUCGAUUGAGAAAAUAGAUUUUCAAGUAAUCAUGACCAAGCACGUAUGGUAAAUGCUUUGACAUAGACUGCUAAAAUAUAUUGGCAGCCACUUCAUCAACACUAAAUUUUUCCAUUAAUUUUUCUAUUCCCAUUGGGCAAAACAAGAGUCGAAACUGAAUGCUGUCUAUCCAUUAUGCAAUGUUCGAACUAUACUUUACCCACAUGGAAACACAAUCCCCUUAACAACAACAACAACAAUUGCGUUAUUUUUGGGUUAGUGCGCUCCGUACAUAGGUGAAGUGGAAUUUUACAACAACACAAAAUGUUUUUUUAAUUUUCCACUGCGACAUUUCCCAAAUGCAACAAAAAUUCGGUCUAUUUUUCUUCAGGGGCUCAGCUUCCACAAUCAUUAUCAUCUCUAGUAAUUUUUUAAAAUAUUUUUGAGUUAUCGUGUUGAAAGAUAAUGAGAAAAUAAAUACAGGAAUACUCACCAAAUAUUUUGCAAAUUUAAUAAACCUUUUCUUAGAGAACUUCACACGUCUUCUUUGGCGAUCUUCAUCACAAAUUGGUGUCGGUCGAGCAAUUUCUGGAUCAGGAAACGUGAUCGUAGUGGCGAAAUAUCGACCUGCUGGGAAUAUACAAGGAAAAUUUAAAGCAAACAUUAAAAAAAUUAUCAUGCAAAGUGAGUUUUUUAACCAAACGCUAAAGCUAUAUAAAGCUCAAGUGGCUUAGUCAAUUACUAGUGAUUUUUCGAUUAAUACCAUGUAUCCUAAAACAGUAAAAAAACUAUAAUAUUUAAAAACUCCUCCGAAACUAAACUUUAAUUGUUUUUUUUCUUUCAGAUGACAGUUCAAACUUAGAAAUAGCUUGCUCCGCUAAUAACAUGGAUCAAACAGUUUGGCCUGGUUUCAGAACUACACUGCCACGCCGGUAUGAAGGAAGUUUCCUCGAAUCAAGCGGUAUACAUGGCGAUUUUCAAAAUCCACCCAGUACGACUAGUGAUUUUCCAGACUUACGUAAUGUAGCUGGUAGUUCACCAGGUCCACCUGGCACUUCAGCAGGUCAAUCUAGAACUGAUGAUAAUUCAAUAGGUUCAUUUGGUACUUCUGAAAACGUCGGAGGUCCACCUGGUACUUCUGGUAAUGCUGUAGGUCAUCCAAAUAUUUCCAGCAAUUCUGGAGGUCGACCAGGUGGCUCUGUUAAUUCAGGAGUUUCGCCCGAUAGUUCUGAUAAUUCAGAAGGUCCACUUGGUAGUCCUGAUAAUUCUGUAGGUCCACGUCCUGGAAAUCUAGGAGGUUUACCUGAUAGUUCUGGUAAUUCCGAAGGUCCACCUGGUAGUUCCAGUGUUGGCGGACCGCCUGGUAGUUCUGAUAAUUCUAAAGGUCCUCUUGCUAAUUUAGGGGGCCCACCUGGUAGUUCUGGCGUUUCAGGCGGUUCAUCUGCCAAUUCUGGCAAUUCUAAAACUUCAGCUGGUAGUUCAGGCAAUUCUGAAAGUUCACCUGGUAGUUCAGGCGAUUCUGAAAGUUCAGCUGGUAGUUCUGGAGUUUCAGGCGGUUCAUCUGCCAGCUCUAACAAUUCUGAAGGUCCACCUGGCAGUUCUGAAAGUUCAGCUGGCAGUUCUGGUAAUACAGAAGGUCCACCUGGCGGUCCGCCUGGUAGUUCUGAUAAUUCUAAAGGUCCACCCGGCGGUCCGCCUGGUAGUUCUGAUAAUUCUAAAGGUACACUUGGUAAUUCUGCUAAUUUAGGGGGUCCAUCUGGUAGUACUGGAGUUUCAGGCGGUUCGUCCGCCAGCUCUGGCAAAUCGGAAAGUUCAGCUGGUAGUUCUGACAAUUCUGAAGGUCCACCUGGUAGUUCUGGUAAUUCUGAAGGUUCAGCUGGCAGUUCUGGUAAUUCAGUAGCUCCACCUGGUAGUUCUGAUAAUUCUAAAGGUCCACUUGGUAAUUCUGCUAAUUUAGGGGGUCCAUCUGGUAGUACUGGAGUUUCAGGCGGUUCAUCUGCCAGCUCUGGCAAAUCUGAAAGUUCAGCCGGUAGUUCUGGUAAUUCAGAAGGUCCACCCGGUAGUUCUGGUAAUUCAGAAGGUCCAUCCGGUAAUUCUGAAGGUUCAGCUGGUAGUUCUGGUAAUUCAGAAGGUCCACCUGGUAGUUCUGGUAAUUCAGAAGGUCCACCCGGUAGUUCUGGUAAUUCUGAAGGUUCAGCUGGUAGUUCUGGUAAUUCAGAAGGUCCACCCGGUAGUUCGGGUAAUUCAGAAGGUCCACCCAGUAGUUCGGGUAAUUCAGAAGGUCCACCUGGUAGUUCGGGUAAUUCAAAAGGUCCACCCAGUAGUUCGGGUAAUUCAGAAGGUCCACCCGGUAGUUCUGAUAAAUCUGAAGCUUCAGCUGGUAGUUCUGGUAAUUUAGAAAGUUCUCCUAAUAUUUCUGUUAGUUCACAAGGUCCACCACCGAAUGUGCCAAAGCAACCAAUUUCCCCAAACACGGCGAUUAAUCCAAUUUCUACAAUACAUCAACCUAGUGUUCCCCGACCCACCACACAAUCAACGCAACGAAUUAAUAGUUCGACCACAAAUCAACCAAUAAAAGCAUCAACGACUUUACCAAAUCAAUCGGGAACUCCUGCUUAUCAACCUAUUCCGAUUUUUUACUUACCACAAAAACCAACUAUUCCAGAAAUUCUCGGUAAGUCAGCACUGUAUCAGUAUUAAUUUAUGACAUUGUAUUUAACACCAAGCCAAUCCCUUGGUAACUCGAAUAUGUACGUGGUAUACAAUUACGCAUUUACGCUAUACGUGUGGUCCAUUACACUUGCGGCCUCGGUUGGCAGUUGGCUUUACUUCUUGCCGUCCGUGACUGCUUUGUCUCACGAAUUUCACGAUUUUUCAACGUCUUUCUCUUCCUUAAGAAUUUUAAGAGUAAAGGAAGAAAAUUUCCCUUUGAUUGCUCUAAUUCCAUGAAACGAGUUACUCAUUUUUAAAAAGAAACAGCAGGGAAAGUCGUUUCGUGGCCCGACAAUACCCCAUAUAUUUGAGAUUAAUGCAUGGUGGAUGACCCACGAAUUCAUAUCCACGCUUCUUGAAUUUUGAUAUCGCGAUGCAUUCCUUUACUCAAAUGUAAAAGGCCAAACGAAAUAAGUACUCUCCCCAUUUUCGUCUGGAACGGCGCUUCCCACCGUUGGUAAGGGGAUUAAUUUAAUUUCUAUCAUGGUUUUCCACAGGAAGAAGCUUCAAAGUUAGUAUGGUGCUCCCCCAACAACCAUUUGGAGACGACUUGUUGCGUACGAACAGCCUCAUUUUUCACCAACUGAAAGAUGCCCUGGAACAAGCGGUAAUUAAUGACUUAUUGCAUAAUGCCACAGCCAACUCGAUGUAUUUACAUUGGAACAAUAGCAUGCAAAUUUCUACGCCAUCAACUUAAUUGUGUUCACACAGACACUGUCACUGGUGGAAUUACUAUGUUACCUGUUGUCGAACUUACCGAUAGCUUAUGCUAAGUAUCGCGUAAUUUUACGCGAGUUUCACGAAACCGAUAUAGUUUCAUUCUUUGAACAAAGCGAAAAUUGAGAAUAUAUGGAAACAACUUUGACGUUUCGAGUGAACAAGAAAACGAACAGAAAUGAACAAUUAAAAUCCUACGGACGUUUUAGACGUCGCCGGUUGCUCUGUUUACAACGGCAGAAUACAGAUUAUCACUUCUCGUAUAUAACGCUUACAUUUCAAGCUGGUUGUGGAAAGCCAGUGUUUGGACUAUUGAGGCGUAAGAGAUGCAAUUGAUGAUUAAAAAGCGAGUCGUAUAGUAAAACAGAUUGGAUGCGAAUGCUUAAUAUAACUGUCUUAGGAUACAAAUUCAUUUUAUGCAUAAAAAAAUCGCAGCUAAAGUUUAUGUAAUCAUUAGCACGGGAACUGACGGUUGAUUAAAUUUAACAUUCUUUUCCUUUCCGGAAAUUUCUUCGUGAAUAAUGAUAUUGUAAUAACAAUAUUUCACACCGUAUUUUUACAGAUCCGCAACCUGUAUGCAGAUAAUUCACACUUCAUGGACGUCCAAGUAAUUGAAUUUCG